CUCUGCUUUGUAGGGCGCUGGGCAGCGCGGCGGCGAGGGCCGGGAGCGGCGGCGCGGGGAGCCGGGGAGCGGCGGCCAGCAGGAGUCUUUGAAAAAUCCUUAGUGGUCAUGACAUUGUUACAAGUGACAUAAAUUAGCCAGUGGCUCAGAAUGAUGGAUACCCAGAAGACUACAAAUGGUUUGCAAGUGAUUGGAGAAGGGACUGGUAUAGGGAAAUCGACACUCCACAUGGUGGGGUAUUUGGGAAAAAACUGUAAUCCUCUGGAAACAGCUGCACAUGAAUAUUGUCCAGUCUGCAAAGAGAAGGGCCAGAUCCAAGUUUUACGGACUUACCGCAUUAAUUUUCAAGAGUCCAUUUUCCUUUGUGAAAAUCCUCAGUGUAUCUACCCACUUGGUUAUAAACCAUUAAACAGCAUAAUUACUUCUGCUGAUUCUGAGAAUCAUCAAGUUCCAUCUACUCCUAAGAAAAGGAAAUUGUGUGAUACCGGUGACUUUUCUUCCGUUGAAUCACGUUCAAAAAAAGCAAGGGCUAAUAAUGUGGUAAAUGCUGAGCACGCUAUUAAUACAGACCCUGUUGUCAAAUGCUAUCAGAAUAGCUUAUGUAUUCCCAAGUCAAGCCUACAUGAUGUAUUACAAAAGGAGCCGCAAAAAACUAGUAACAAUGUGGAGCCCAGCAUGCAGAAGGUGGAUUUUGAAACAAACACCAACAACUAUCAGGAAAGUCCACCUAAGACUCCUAGUCCCAGAACACAACUUUUGCCGAACUCUGAACUUUGCUCAACAACUUCUGAAAUUUUGCACAAAGAGGAUAAAGGUUCCACAAACGACACAGAGUUAUGUCUUCAGUGGAGAAACACACAUAAUCUUUGUUGGUUAGAUUGUAUUUUAUCAGCACUGGUACACUUAGAAAUAUUACAGUUUGCUCUAGCAAAAGAAUAUAAUGAUGGAAAAUGUUUACUCCAGAAACUCUUAACAAAUUAUAAUCAAGCAACUGUACUUCUGAACACCUGUAAAAGGAGUAAAGUAAAAGAUGUUCUUCCAAAAGCAGAAUCGCAUCUCAAUGAAAUCAGAAACAGAAUUUUUACACAGCUUCAACCUCAGCUUAAGUGUGAAUUGGGUAAGCAGGAUAGUCCAGUGUUUGUGCUCCCUCUGCUCCUACAGCUGGAUCAACAAGCUGAGAAACUAUUCUUGCAUUCGUUUUCAUGGAAGUUUGAAUGUGUAUGUUGUGGCUACAAAUACCAGGAACGGUUUAGGAAAACGCUAACAACAUUCACAAAUAUAAUCCCUGAUUGGCAUCCACUUAAUGCUGUUCAUGUUGGACCGUGUAAUAACUGUAGUGACAGAUCUCAAAGACGACAGAUGAUUUUAGAAAAAGUACCUUCAAUAUUAAUGUUACAUUUCGUAGAAGGCUUGCCACAUAACAACCUGAAGGACUAUUCAUUUCAGUUUGAAGAAGAUACCUACCAAAUAACAUCUAUUGUUCAGUAUCAAACAGAUAAGAAGCACUUCAUAACCUGGUCUUUGAAUCCUGAUGGUACUUGGCUUGAAUGUGAUGAUUUAAAGGGACCAUAUUGCAAGAGACAUCAAAGAUUUGAAGUUCCUCCUUCAGAGAUUCAUAUUGUUAUCUGGGAAAAGAAAACAUCCCAUACGCCAGAAGAACUGAAUUCACAGUUCCAGAGUAAAAACACUGAAGGUUUUCCUCUUAGUAAUGGACAGUCAAAUUCCACAGUGUUGCAUUGUGGUUUUGGUAACACGGUAGACAAAAUACCUGCAGAACAUGGCAAAGAGGAUUCUGUGAGAACUCCAGAUAAGAAACAGCAGCAGGUACCUGAGAAUGAAAGUAUCGUUCAUCAUGGUUUAGAAAAUCUGGCACAUGAUGAUCUUGUAACACUGACGCUUGAAGAAAUUCAGGUUGACUCAGAAGGUAAAUCGCUGCUGAACGGACACAUGGUGGGAAAUAACCUUGUUGAAAUGGGCACACCACAACAACAGGAAUCAGCUUUUUCACCUAACGCUCCAUAUACAGGAGAGUUUGCUGGAUCUAGUCUAGCUGUGAACGAUAAAUGCAUUUCAUAUGAAAAUUCCAGCAUUUGUUUACCUCUGGAAGAGUUGAACCCAGCAAAUAUUACUCCUCCUGUGGCCAAAAACCAUGACCCUGGCUUGUCGCUUGCUCAAAGAACAGAUGACAGAACUAAUGUACCUAACAGAGAACAUGGAUCAAAUUCAGAACUACAGCUAAACAAGAAGUUGUCACCAGUAGAAAAUAUUAUACAAAAACCAUCUGACUUGAAAGAUGCAAGCAAAAUUAUAGUUAAUUCUCAGGUUGCCAGUUCUUCUGCUGCCAAUAAUUCCUUUCAGCCUUCACACAAAGACCAAAAAAGAGGAUUUGUAGGAAGCUGGGUAAAGAAAUUAUUAAGCAAGAAUACUUCUUUUAUGCCUUCAAGUGCCUCAGCUCUCAAGAAUGAGAGAAGUUGCAAAACUCCCUCAAUGCAAAAAAUAAGUGAAGUGCGAUUGCCAGUUAAGGGAGCAAGUAACUUUGGUGGUUUUCAAAGCAGAGGUACAAAGAAAACAACUGAGACCCCGAAGUCAGUGGUUCCUCAGAGUAAUAAUAGUCAUCCUUUAUCACAUUUCAAAGGGUUUUCUCAAAGCACUCGUCUUCCAACAGCAAGUCAUACCACUGUUGAAGGUCCAGCUUGGAAUAAGUCAGGAAGUACGUUGGGUACCUCAGGUAAAGUGACUCAGUUCCAUUCACCUGGCUCUAACUCUGGGAAGGCAGAAGAGUCAGAUAGUGACAAAACCAAAAAACUUCGCCUAAAACUGUUAAAAAAACUUAAUGCUAAAAAGAAGAAGUUGGCUUCACUGGAUAGGCUAGCAGUGGAACAGAUGAAACAUGAAAAGCCUGUGAGUGGAGGUGUAAGCACCCCAUCACAGGUGGCAUCUCACAACGACAGUGAAUUAUUGCAGAGCUUUUUAAAGGAACUGCAGCAUCAGAUUGAUGUUGCAGAUAGUGAAUCCGAGUGCACCAGCCAUAACAACAGUGAUGAAAUACUGGCGGAAUUACUGUCCCCUACUUCAACUGUUGCUUCCUUAGAGGCUCCAAAAAGUGAAGAGGAAUGUAUGUAUAUGGAAAUGGUGGAUAGCAGCGUUGCAGCAACAGCGGCUGAUGAGAAGACCAGUGUGCCACAUGCAGCGGUGACAAGUGAGGACCACAAUUAUUACAGUCCUGUAAAGGACAGUAACUCGGAACUUCAUGCAAUAAGCAAACCCAGUGUGAAAAAACUUGCUUUUGAAAGCCCUACAAGGGAAGAUAUCCUUGAAGACCUAUUCUCCAUUUCAGCACCGAGCUCAAUGGCAGGUGACAUAGAUUUACCUCAUUUUGAUGAAACUCUGUUUGAAACAUGGUAAAUAUUCAGUUUCUUGGUUUCAAGUAUUUGUUGAUAUUAUGUAUAUUUUGAAGCAAAGCACUAUUAAAUUAUAUUUUAUAACUAGUGUCAUUGCACACUGGCUGUACUUGAACAGUUUACAUUUGAGGUAUUAUUUUUCUUAAAAUUUUAUUGUAGCAGGCAAAUAAGGUUUUAAUGCAUUUUAUUUUUCUGAGAAGCAGUUAUUUUAGCUGUCAGAUAUGAUGAUGAUUUUUAAUUAAAAGCUCCUAUGAGUCUUAAUUUUUGCUGCUUUUAAUAUGGAAAACAUCCAUAUUCCACUGAGAAAUUAUAAACUUGUGUAGUCUUGAUGACGGAACAGCGUAAGAAAUAUCAUUUAGGUAGUAGUGAUUUAUUUUACAGGAUCACCCAACUCCAGAAGUCUUUUUGUCCGACAUUUGAAAAACAAAAAUAGAAGUACCGUCUACAAUUGGGGAUGUUUGAUGUUUGAUGCUUUGAUACAAAGAUAAUUUGCAACACUAAACUCGAGGCUGGUAUUCUGUUAGGAACUCCUUUCAGAAUUACUGUUCAACAAGCUCACCGCUUGGAUCCAAGGAAGGAUGGACACAUGGUAGAAAUUUUCCUAUUGGAAAUCAUGGCUCAUACUGAGUUUUCAUCCUGGAUAACUGAAAAUAUAAUUUGGCAGGGUAUUCUGAGCCAGGUUAUUAUUUAAGUAAAAUUAGUAAGAUUUGGGCCAGAGUUUGCAGCACUGGGAAGGAAUUUCAGAUGUAACUUUUAGUAAUUCUUAACUGCAAAUACACUAAUAAAGAUUUCUAAGAAUUAAAAUUAACUGUAAGUUAGCACCCAUUACUGUUGUCUCAAGGAGCUUUUCAUGGCCAGAGCAGUGCACCCCGGUCCAUGUGUGAGAGUGCCAAGGAAAGGCAAGGUCAACAGGAAGAUAGAUAGUGAUGGAAAAUGUGGUAAGACAGUGGAGGGUAAGCAGAGGGAUUCUGGAUUUGGGUGGCUUUCUGGAUCUGGAUGGCUUUCAUUUUGCUAGAUGGGAGUCUUUUUUAAAUUCAUAGACACAGAGCUUGAGGGUAUUAUAUGCUAAAUUACAUUAGCUGUACUUUUGUACUCAGAAAUAACAAGGAUUUUAUCAGCAGAAUCUUUGUUUCAGCCAUUUUUAGAGGUAUUCUGCAUUUUUUCAUGGUUUUAGAUCCCAAGUUCAAAACAUUAAGUCAUCAGUCUUACUCUUCUAAUAGGUGCAGUUGAACAUAAUUGUUCUUACAAGGCAGAUUUAAGUGGUCUUGGAUAGCUUGAACCAGAUUCAAAAUGCGUUUCGAAAAAACUGUCAGUGGCACUGAACUCACUUUGCCAAGCUAUUUCUGUUGCAAUUAUGUAUAUGUUUAUCAAACUGGCACUUGAGACAACGAAUGGUUUAAUUCUUGAAAUAUAAGUCUUUGUAAAGAACUUGAAUUCCGCCUCUGUUUUAAAUGUUGUAAUUGGUGAUGUUACAAUAGAAAACGAAUCAGUGGAUUCAGAAUGUAAAGUGCCAGUGUGCUGCUGGUGAAAGGUUUGCCUGUUUGUGAAUUCCCUUAUUUAAAAAUGCUGGCCAAAAUUAGUGUUCGAUUUAUCAGUGAAUAAAGUAGGUGCCUCAGCA